CGUUCCUAACCGACACGUCCCGAUAACACGAACCGCUGCGGGGAUCUGAGGCUCUGCAGCGAAGUACUUACACAGGUCGACCCCGUUGUUUGAGUCGCGAGCCGCCGGUCUCCCAGAGCGUUACGUCAGCCGCAGGACACAGCUCCGGCAUGUCAAUAGGACCACACCUCUGACGUGAAUCGAUACCGUGAUCAAAUGUAACAUUUCUAAUGUUUUUUCCUUUUUCGGUGGAUUCACACAACUAAUCAUGGUACUGUGUGGCACCAAGGUUCCGCGCUGCUUGGGGCCCAACGUGUACCCAGAGGCUCCCGAUGGAGGCUGGGGAUGGACGGUGGCUGUGGCCUUCUUCGUGGUGGAGGUUUUCACCUACGGUACCAUCAAGAGCUUCGGCAUCUUCCUCCAGGACCUGAUGGAGGAGUUCGGGGAGACCAACAGUCGAGUCUCCUGGAUUGUCUCCAUCUGCGUCUUUGUCAUGGCCUUCAACGGUCCUCUUUCCUCUGUGUUGACGAACCGCUUAGGCUUCCAAGCCGUCGUCAUGAUUGGAGGAUUGCUCAUUUCCGCGGGUACCAUUGCCACCAGCUUCACCAGCUCCAUCAACCAAAUGUACUUGACGUAUGGUUUAGUUGCAGGUCUGGGCUACUGUCUGACCUUCUUGCCCACCGUGACCAUCCUGUCCCAGUACUUCUCACGUCGACGGUCUCUGGUCAUAGCUGUAGCGUCCACAGGAGAGUCCCUGUCCAUGUUUGCCCUGGCGCCAGCCUUUUCUGCACUGAAGGACCGAAUUGGCUGGCGACACACCAUGGUAGUGAUCGGAGCGUUGCAAAGCACCAUCAUUAUCUGCGGUGUUUUCCUUCGGCCAAUCAUUAUUCAGCCUGGAUCGUCCCACAAGAAAGAGACUGACGGAGCAGCCCCAAAGGAACUGGAAGUCCUCAGCGAUAAGGAGAUCGCGGAGGGCACAAACCCAGAGGACACCAUAACAACCAAGAUCUCACUUGCAACAAGUGCUUCAUACAGUCUGGAAAAGGAGUUGACAGUAGGCUCCGUGAGCACCGGAGACUCCGGUGUACAUUGUAUUGAAUCUCUAUUUGGUGGAGAUAACGGCAGCGUAGAGGAGAAGACGUUACUGCACAAAGACGCAGGGUCAGACACAGAGAAGGAAACUGUGGAAAACAGUGAUGCAGGGAUUAAAGAAGCUGAGGCUGAGGGGGAGAGAGACUACACAGAUCCGGAGAAACAAAGGAUGAAAGACGAGGACGAUGAAUCGGGAGGAGAAAAGAAUCCAAAGAAUUCAAAACUUCUGGAUUUCUCCAUCCUCAAAGAGUGCAACUUCAUUCUCUACUGUCUGUUCGGGCUGUUUGCCACGCUGGGCUUCUUCGCCCCUCAGCUCUACAUCAUCGAGCUGAGCAGGAGUCGGGGCGUGGAGCGGGACCGCGCCACCUACAUGCUCUCCACCAUGGCCGUGGCUGAAAUCUUGGGCCGGUUCUCCAUCGGGUGGAUCCUGACUCGAGAACGGUUCAGGAAGAGGAAGCUGCUGGUUCUUUUGCUGUGUGUCAUUAUGAUGACAGCAGAUCUGGUGGGAUUUACUUUGGUCACGGAGUUCUACGGGCUUGCUGUGUGCUGUGGUUUGUACGGCUUCUUUAUGGGGACGCUGGCCUGCACCCACAUACCCAUACUGGCUGAGGAUGAUGUUGUCGGCAUAGAGAGGAUGUCUUCGGCUGCCGGUGUCUACGUGUUCAUACAAAGCUUCGCCGGGCUCGCGGGACCCCCACUUGCAGGUGUGCUGGUGGACUUGACUAACGACUACGGCUCGGCCUUCUACUCGUGUGCAGCCGGCAUGGCGCUGAGUUCCCUGUUCCUCGGCUUGGUAAAACCUGCUAAGAGAGGAUUCCUCUGUAGGAAGACGACCUCAAAACAGCUUGAAGACGUAUGUGCACUCGAAGAGGAGUCAGAGGAACAGAGCGAAGAGCAGAAACUGGACAGAACUGACAGCCCUCAGGUCUGCUCUGACGCGGGGGGCCAACUCUGACCACAAGGGGGCCACAGGAGACUACCAGGAGGUUAUACGAUUUGCUUGAGCCAAUAACGGUUGAUGAGGAUAAUUAAAGGGUCAAGCCAUAUUGGAAUUAAAGGCUGUUUAAAGACUACUGCUGCCAGAGUGCUGAAGUGACACGAAUACAAAGAAAAAGAAGUGUCACACACAGACCUCUUUAUAUCUGGUGUCUGACAGCAAGUCUUCAGAAGCCUCACAUCACAAUAUGAAGGUGGCUAUUUCAUAGGUGGCAAAGUACCAAACAGUUUUUUAAUCAGUCAAUACUGUUACAAUAACAGUAAGUGGCUUUUUUUAGAUUCACUUUAAGUCAGUUAGAUUUUGAUACUGUCUUGUUUUAAUGGAUGAAGGUGUGAAAUAUUUCUGAAAUGAAUGGACCAUUACAGGUGCUUUUAGUUUGAGAUUUUCCAGAGAAAAGAUGCAGCAAUUUUAAACACUAAUAAUCUUAUCACCUGCUGGUAAUCAAUACCCGAAUGAAAGCCAGAAAAACUUUGAAGCAAAUGAAGCUGCAAGGAACUACAGGUUGCACAGAAAAUGCAUAAACCUCAGGAAUAUGUGAUUAAAAGUUGUUUUAAUCAAACUGUCACCAAGCUUACAAUGCACUGUUGUCAAUUGCUGUGUCUGACAGAAACUAUUUUUGUAAUGACGAGUUCAAACACAAUAAGGAAGCAGAGUCGUUUCAGCCUGUGAGUUGUGUGUAGUUUUUUGUAAAAUUUUACGUGGAAGAAACUGUUUUUAUGUAAUGUGAUAUUUUCACUGCAAAAAUGUGAUAAAGAAGAUCUGUUGCACGACAAUGAGAUUUUACAGUUUAUAUAUCAAAAAGCAGCACCUGUCUGUUGCAUAUUGCACAUGAAUGUGUUGGGCUAAGUACAUUUUGAUGUCACUGUCCUCUCCAAUGAGUUCAUUUUUUUUCCCCAGUACGUCCAGGCAUCUGUGGAGCCAAAGUGUAGAAACAUGAAAGGCUUCAGAGGGUUUGGGACAGGAGAGUGCAGACUGAGAGAGAGGCCUCAGCUGGUCUGGAUAUUGAUCUCUGAUCCUCUUCCAUCCAGUGCAUUAAGGCCUAAUAAACACAGAUAAGCAUUCAUUCAAUUCCAGGAGGAACCAGGAAGCACUAUUAUAGACCUGAUGCAAACUAUUGGAUGUUAAUAUGCACAGUAAAAAUACUUAAAUGGAAAACUAAGGAACCUGGUUUUAUCUUACGAUUGUUAUUUCACAAUUGAGUGAUUUAAAUCUACUGAUUAACGUAGGUGACCUUUGGCAGGAUGUAGCCUAACCUAAACCAACUAACUCGACUUCGCACUACGUUAUCCAUCACUCGAAGUGUUCUCUUCUCUGGCCAGUGUCUCGACUCCGAACUGUAGGUGGGAGCUCAGCUCACUGGUCAGGGCCGGCCCUGGCAAUGUUGGCGCCCUGGGCGAGAUUUCAAAUUGGCACCCCGCAACACACACGCAAACUGUCAUGCAUCCCCAAGAACUUUUGGACUGUAAACAGAUGCGCACACAGUCAGACAAAUUAGUAAGCGAUAAAAAACAAUCAAAAUAUAUAAUACAAAAUAUCAAAAGAGUGCUGUACUGAUAGCAUAUCAUUAAUGAUGUCCACAGUCGGGUUGAUUCUUACCUCUAUACUGUUCUUUCUUCUCCUCCUCUACUUUGCGGUGCUUUCUGAAUUGUGCACCUGAUAAUUUAAUCUUUUUUUGAUUCAUCUUUGACUCCAACCGCAGUCUAUCACCGCAGUGUGUACAUAAGGGACCCACCUGAGGCGGGAACGCAAAUUCUGUGCGAGCCGCCGCCUGACUGUUCACACAGGGAGCCAUCCAGGAGGAUGUUGUAGAUGCUGGCUUGCCUGUCCACGGAGCCACGGGUGGUGACAUCAGCCAAUGUCCCUACUAUGCUGCCAAAAUGAGUAGGUUUUUAUAGGCUCUUUGUAUGCGUCAUGCUGCUAUGAGGAACUGUUGUGAGGUGAAAUGAAACUCCCUUCUUUUUUUCUGUUCAUGCUGAAAUAAAGUGGAUUCACUUGG